AUGCGCUCCAUCCUUGCCACCGCUGCCCUCAUCGGCGCCGCUGUGAUCAACGCCCUCGACACCGGUGGUGUCGGUCUCAUCCCUGAGAGCGCCCUCGAUCCCAACCAGACCCUCGACAUCGCCCGCGAGAUGGGACCAGACCCAGACGAGGGCCUCUGCUACCUCUGCAUGGGCUGCUGGGCCAAGCAGAACGGCGCUCUCGUCAUCUCCUACAACGUCCACAUCGGCUACGCCUAUUCCGAAGGCCACGAGUUCAACGGCGGCGACGGUCUGCAGGACCAGUGCACCAACAUCUUCUGGGAGCUCGAGCACCGCACCGGAGCCAUCUCGAUGUGGAAGUGCUCGGCCGAUGCCUAUAGCGACCGCACGAUUUUGCACUUCAACAAUAUCGUCGGUCAAGGCGGAGAUCUGAGCGAUGAGCUGAACAAGUUCUACCCGAUGGUCGCGGAGCAGAACUCGUUCAAUUGUCCUGAUAAGUAG